AAAAUGCCUAAAAUCAAAAGGAGGCAAGCUUAAUAUGCCUUUUCUAGGUAGAUAGAAGUUUAAUAUGUCCUCAAUGAAUCAAAUGUUGAGCCGGAACUAAUUUUACUUGGUUCCACUUCCAACUUAGUAAUCCUGCGGAACAAUCCAAUAACGAUCCGAUCCGAUAACAAAUCUUAAUCCGGGUCGGACUAUGACUGGCUGUACCCAAUCCAUUUAACAUCCCAGAUUCGAUACUACGUGGUAUUUUCGCGAAGACUCGCUUUACGCCAGGGGAAAUGGAUCCCGCGCCGAACCCCUCCUCCACCGCCGGCAACGGCGGCCUGUCCGCUGCCGGAGCCACCGCGACGGUCGGCAACGCCCUAACCCCCAUUGCCAACGCCUGCGUCAGUGGUGGCAAUGGCGCCGCCGCCGCCGACUCGGCGGACAACCGCUCCAAGAAUCUCCAACAGGUCAUCAACUCGGUCGACAUGACUCUCGGCCUCCUCCACCAGCUCUACCUCACCGUCUCCUCCUUCAGCGUCGCCUCCCAACUCCCCCUUAUCCAGCGCCUAAACGCGCUUGUUGCUGAACUCGACACGAUGCAGAAGCUGGCGGAGAACUGUGACAUCCAGGUCCCAAUGGAGGUGGUGAAUUUGAUUGAUGAUGGGAAGAACCCGGACGAGUUUACGAGGGAUGUCCUGAAUAGUUGCAUUGCCAAGAACCAGAUCACCAAAGGAAAGACCGAUGCUUUUAAGAGCUUGCGGAAGUACCUUUUGGAGGAGAUUAAACAAGCUUUUCCUCAUGAAGUGGAAAAUUAUAGAGAGAUACGCGCAUCUUCUGCUGCAGAAUCAAAACGACUGACUCAGUCACAGAGUGGUUUACCCGAUGGAGAUGUCAAAGUAAAGACAGAGCAUUAAGUUCUCUUGAUCUCUAUGGCUUUAUUAUCAGCUCGCCAAAAAAAAAAAAUCUGUUCUCUGGUUGUAGUUGUAUCAUAUGAAAUUUUAUUUCAGGUUAUUAUUUAACCCUUAAUUUAUUGGAAAGAUCUCAGGGAUGAAAAAAUGUUAUUCGUGGUUCUUCCUGUACAUUAAUCCAUGCAAUAUUAUAAAUUAAAUAUUUUUUCGAUUGGUA